AUCCAUGGAAAAAAGACAACACCGCCAUCUUGUGGCUACACUGUAAACUGACGGGCAGUAAUUCAGUUUGUUGCGUCUUUAAAGCUCUACUUUUCCUGCGAAAUGUAUAUAAAACUAAAAAGCGAACCUGGACUUUGGUCAGUGGUCGAUAUGUCGAGUGUUAUUUUUGCUUUUGUUCCCGCCAUGAAUCACCGUUCAUACGCCACCCCAGUCAAAAAGAAAGUGAAAGUGAAUGACGGAGCAGUUGGUAGCUAAGUCGAGGACGGAAAACACCAGGAUCAGAUUCAGCCCCCAGCAGGUUGACCAUCCACCAAAGUAAAAUGAGAGAAGUGGCAGCAAGUGGAUUUUUCAUUAUUCUUUUUGAUGCAAUGCUGACUUUGGCACUAUGGGCCGGACUGGUGGCGCUGCAGUGGUCCAUUUGUGAUCAGCUGGCACUAUUUUGGGCUUUUGGUGUGCUAAAGUGGGCUACUCUCCAUGUCUUCACCUCCAUGCUGGCUGAUGGAAAGCCCCAGCCUGUGCUCUGCAGGUUUGUCGCACUCCUCUGCCUCCUUUCUCCUGUUCUUGAGAGUGGACGGAUCUUUCUGGCAGGUCCUGCAGAGGCUUAUAUGGGACCAUCUCCUGACCUCAGCAUGCUGCUCUUGGGCCCGAUGUGCUCGUCACUGGCCUGUGUAAUUUGGGAAAAGGGUCUCUGUGCUGAUGGGAAGAGAAAAGGUGUCAACAAAGUUAACGCCAGAGAGCUGCUGAUGAGAGUGCUGCAAUACUUCAGACCGGACACCUUUUAUCUGAUUCUAGCAUUUGUGUUCCUCAUCUUUGGAGUUAUCUGUGAAACAUUUAUCCCAUUUUAUCAAGGAAAGGUAAUUGAUAUGCUUCGGGGUCAAGAGCUUCACUCUAGCUUCUAUUAUACCAUUGGGCAGCUGGCACUUCUCUGUCUUGGAAGUGCUUUGUUUUCUGGCAUGAGAGGAGGGAUAUUUAUGUUCAGCCUGGCCAGACUGAACAAGAGACUGAAGCAUCUGCUGUUUGGCACCAUCCUGCAGCAGGAGGUGCCCUUCUUUGAUGAGAACAAAUCUGGACAUCUUUCCUCGCGCCUGCAUUCUGAUGUGGACCGGAUGGGCCGCACAGUGGCACUAAACGCCAACGUGCUGGUUCGCAGCACAUUUAAGACUUGCCUCAUGCUCAUAUUGAUGUUAGACCUGUCCUGGGAGCUCACCGUGUUCACCUGCAUAGAGAUGCCACUCUUGGCCGUUCUACAGAACAAAUACAUUACCUUGUCCAAGGAGCUGAAGGACCAGAUGCAGGAAUGUCAAGCUCAGAACAAGGACCUGGUUUUCCAGACGAUCAGCGGGAUUCGUACAGUCCGCAGCUUUAACGCAGAAAAAGAUGAAAUGAAGAGCUAUAACAAGGCUCUCGGCAAGAUGCGUGCUGUCAAGACACGUUCACGGAUCUAUAGUGUAAUCUUUCUCAUUAUACGGAGGAUGGUGAGUCUGGUGAUAAUGAUACUGAUGCUGAUACAAGCCCGCAAUCUCAUUUCCUCAGGCCGACUCAGCAUUGGAAAUCUGGUGUCUUUUUUCUUAUACCAGAAACCGAUGUCAACCAAUUUGAGGGAGAUUUUGUAUGCCUGCGGAGAAACAUUGUCCACAGUUGGAGUCAUUUCCAAAGUGUUCAGCUAUCUUGACAGAACACCAAAGUGUAAGAAGGCGGGGGAGUUGGCUCCUGAGAAGCUGCAAGGAAGAGUUGUUUUCCAAAAUGUCACCUUCUCCUAUCCCUCAGCUCAAGAUACAGUAGUUCUGAAGUCAGUUUCAAUGGAGCUGCAGCCAGGAAAGAUAACAGCUUUGGUCGGUCCCAGCGGCAGUGGAAAGACUACCUGUAUCCACCUCCUGAAGAGAUUGUAUGAAUCUGAGGAGGGACAAAUCCUGCUGGAUGGAGAACCGCUGCACCGUUAUCAACACCAUUACUUCCAUAAUAAGGUCGCCGUGGUAUCUCAGUCUCCUUUGCUGUUUUCUGGUUCGGUGAGGUACAACAUUGACUACGGCCUGAAGGACUGUAGCAUUGAGAAAGUGAAAGACGCUGCGAAGAAGGCCAACGCACAUGACUUCAUAUCUGGACUGGAAAAUGAAUAUGACACAGAGGUUGGAGAGUGUGGCAGCAAACUUGCAGAUGGACUGAAACAGUGCAUCGCCAUUAGCAGAGCUCUGGUUCGAGAUCCGCAGGUUCUCAUACUGGAUGAAGCUACCAGCAAACUCGAUAUUGAAGCACAGCAUGCUGUUUUGCAGGAGAUUCUGUCUUGUGGUUGGACAGUCCUGAUCGUGGCUCAUCAGCUGAAGACUGUGGAGAAGGCUCAUCACAUCAUCUUCAUGGAGAAAGGAACCAUUAUGGAAGAGGGAACAGAUGAGCAGCUCAUGGCCAAGCGAGGAUUGUACUAUCGUUUGAAAGAGGAGAUGUUCUCUGACCACAUCUGACAGAGAUUCAGUGCUGUUCUUUCACUGUUUUGUACAAAUGAACAAAUGUAAACGGUCUGUAUUUAUGAAGUGCUUUUUGUGUUUGUGCUUUAUGCUACAGUUUUGCCAUUCACCCAUUUGAGCAUCAUGGGGUCAAGUGCCUUGCCCAAGGACACAUCAGUAUGCAGAUUAGAUUUAGUUGAUGUAGAAUAGUCGGAAUUGAACCGGCUACCUUUGAGUUGGAAGACAAACGGUCUCUACCACUGAGCUCCCGUCACCACGUCGUCUGCUUGUUUCUUUGUGCACAAGAGUAUGAUGACAGAGAAAGUGACGUCAAUGAUAUUUGGAUGUUUUUACACGAAUUCCUGUGAGUUGAAUGUAGAUUAUUCUACAUUUUGUCUGAAAUGUUUUAGAUAAUAUGGCAAAAAUUAGGACCUAAAUCCAUGAUUUAACGCAUGUGUAACAGCAGCAAAGUGCCAACGGCGCUCAGAUGUGCAUUUGCAUAGCCAGCAUAAUGGGACCUCAACGGGAAAAAGAAAGGGGAACAUUUUGUUUGUUCAUUAUUGUUUAUGUGUUUAUUCAUUAGGGUUUUAUUUUUUCACAUUAUCAGACAAAUAUCUAAUCAUGAUGUUUAAAAUGUAUAAACUGGUAAGUGUAAUUCUAAUGGGUUGUUGUUUUUGUCUAUGAACACAUGUGUGCAGCACUUUUUCUUUCAUCAUUGUAUUUUAACACUCUUGUUUUACGCUUGUAUUUGACUGUCUUUAUUCAUCUUGUAAGAGGAACAGACAGCACAGCACAAACACUGCAGUCGGUCAGACAGAGUCUGGGAAUCUAGGGAUACCAGGCACACAGACAGACAAUAGAACCUUGAGAGGUAAAGUCAAUGCAUAUUAAAAGGCUAUGUGAAUAAAUUAACUAAUGCAUCAAUUUAUACUGCAAUUUUCCCAUUACAAUUACCAUAAUACAAUACACAACACUUGUUCCACAGCUGACUUUGAUAAGUGUGACUUUGGUCAGUGGAGGUGCAAAUCCUCACGUUCAUUAAAAACUGAUGGUUUCCAUAUGUAAAGACACAAAA